UGGGGUCUCUGUAAAAUAUGCAUCUAUCAUAGAACAAAGAUAUCUACCAUGUCACAUCCAGCACAAUGAAAGAAAAAGCAAUAGCUCGGGGGUUUUGUACUUGAGAGUUAGUGAAGUUGGAGAGGUGGGGAAGAGUGGAGACGAGAAGCUAUUAGCAUUUUAUAGCAAGGAACAAAGAAGAAAGCCCAGAUAGAUAAAAUGAUGAUACAUGUAAAACUAAAUUCACCUUCUACUCAUGUUGAACUAAAUCUUUCUCAGCUGUGGCAUAAGCACAGGAGAUAAGUUUGUAACCAAAAAUUAAGAUUCAAAACAAAACUUUGACAGUAAGUGUUGUGUCUAGCAUGGUUCUCUGAACCAUAGGUACUGCCAGAAAAUACUUCGUGAGAGAACGUUGCAAUAUGUCACUGCUGAAAAGUGAACAAUUCAUGAAGUGAUUUCAAACUUACAAUUAAUAGCUUCUGAAGGCAGGACUAGCAGCUGCAAUAUGUUGUAUUAUAAUGCCAUUUUUGGAUGUUGAGCCUGUGUUAGUAUUGGACACGUUUUUCUCCUACAACAUGAGUAUGCCUGGCUUACCUCUCUUGGUCAUGUGAGAAUUAAUUAACCUUCAUGAAAGGCUUUGAAGAUGAAAAGCACUGUGGAUAAGAACACUACAUGCUCUCUGAGCUGAAAAACAAACUUGUGUCAAAUACAUCUUCCUCUUGCUGCCCAAAGGAGAACAGCAGAAAGGAUGUUUGCAAUGUUUGUUUUCAUCAUUUAAAUAUUUUCAUUGAGCUGUCUUCUGUUUUCAUCAUUUAAAUAUUGUCAUUGAGCUGUCUUCUGUUGUCCAGAACUAGUUAAAUCUAGAACUAGAACUAGAAGCAGGAUUUUUUCCCCUCUUUUUUUUAAUUAGUUCUGCUGGUUUACUGUAAUGUUUUUAGCACAGAGGGACUAUGUAAUGGAAUCUCACUUAGUAUAGCACAGAGGUUUCUUCUAAAAUUACUUUCUGGGCUUUGCCAAUGAGUAAAACUGAAAAUAGAACAGGCCUGAGAGGUAUCUUCUAAGGAUUUAUUUGUGAGAAUUAGUGUCCUAUUCAUUUCUUCUAUUCUGCAAAUAAAACCUGGAAAUCAGUUAAGUGUUGGGGUUUGGGUUUUUUUAUUUUAAUUCCAGUAUCCCAAGGUUGCUGGCUAGCUGACUCACCAGAUGGAGCUGUAGGCUUGUUAUUCUUCACUAGAUAGUCAUCAUUCCAUCCCUGAACAAUGCUGUUGUAUGAAUCUCAUGUAUUCUUAUCUUACCACUGAAAAAGGCAAGCCACCAGAAUGAUUUAUCAGUGCAUUUGCUGGUCUCUGGUGGGAGAAUACUAAGAUUCCAUUUAUUCUUGGCUACUUGGAGGAGAUCACAUCAUAGCAUUCAGACUGAUAAAUUCACAAGGUAGUAUGUGACUCAGCAAAAUUCUUAUGAGACAGAUAAAAGUUGCUUGGGCAAGGGUGGCUUAGCAGCAUCUUAGAAAAAGAACUGUUCGAGAAGCAAACAAGUUCUUGAACGUUAGAAACUGAAUUCCUGGGCAGUGUGUAAAUUAUGAGCCAUUGUCCACAGAUAAGCCUAAAUUGCACACAUGUAUCUUAGGGCCUGGAUACCUAACAGAACACCACUUGGCCCAGGCGUGGGCAGAGUGGCGUGCAUAGUGAGCACCAGAAGUUACAAGUGAUAGAACUGAUGGCAGAAACUGUUUUAUAUGUGCAUGAGACAGUACAGUCUCACAAUGCAAGCACAUCAGGACAGAAGUCUGAGUCCAGAAAGCAGCAGCAACAGAUUCAGGCUAAGUAUAUGAUGCCAAUUUACUCCUUGUACCUGCUCCCCUAAUACGUCUGAUUCCUUCUUAGCAUGGCUAAGGGUGGUGUUUUUUCAGCUCAGAAAAUAGCAUCCCAGUUCUGAAUGUAGAGGAUCCAAACUCAGUUCCACCCUGGUGGGUGAGGGUUCAUUCUGAAAACGUCCUUGAUACCUCUCAUUUUUUCCUGUGCUUCAUUAACAGUGCAAAAAUCGUUUGUAGGGGGCUGCAGCCCAGACCAUGUCUGCUUUGUUGCAGGAAGUACUGCAAGCAGGCAAGCAGCUACAGGACGUGGAAGAAUGUUUUUGUAGUUAGGGAAUCUGAAUGUCUAUGGGAUUUAGAUUCUUUUCUUGCCUCUAUUAGGCUGCCCUCCCAGCUUGUGGACAAGAAGUUUUAAGCUGGAGGCUAAAUAUAGCUUCUGAUUUUUACUUUCAUAGAUUUUUUAUUAUUAUUUCUCCCAGUGGGUAAUACAGAUAAAUGUUAAGACAGUUAAUAGAGGGGAUUGAUAAAGUACUUAGAGAAGCUACAUCAAGAAAUGUUUAUGUUUUAUGUGACGAUUAACUGUAAAUGUGGUUCUCUGUAGUAGGCCUACUACUCGACAAUGAUAGCUUUUGGAAAUAUUGUCUAGGCAGAUAUUACAUGAAAAGAAAUUAACAGAAACUGAGCUUUGAUAGAUGCAUACAAUUCUGAAGGCAUUUAAAUAGGGGAGUGAAUCAGUAGCAAUGGUUCAGUGAUUACCAGUACUCAAUUUUUUUCUGCUCUCCUGUUCUGCUUUUCAGCUGCACUCCAUUGUGCCACAAGCUAUGAUGUCACUUUGGACAAGGUCACUAUUGGUGCAUACCAAUACAAGGUGGUAUUCCUAUCUGACAAAAACAAUACCAAGUUAAAAAUCUUUGUUUAGUUCCUGGUCAUCCUUCCCAACUUGUUCAGUUAACUAAAAAACCAAAACAAAACCCCACACCUUUUUAUUCCUUUGAGGGCCAUUAGAAGAUCGCAAGUCAGUAUUUCCAAAGAAAAGAAAAAACAGCAGUAUUGUAAGGCCUGAAAGCAAAGCUUGAGAUCGUUGUACGCAAUAUCAAGUAUAACAUAAUCACGGUAGUCUAGCCUGUUCUUUGAAGGAAAAAAACCCCAACCCCUAAAUAAACCAACUUAUCAACCAACCAACCAACCAAAAUCUGCAAGGAGGGUGGUUGCACAGCUUUCCAAGCUGGUGUCUGUCUUCAGAAUCGUUUUUAUUUGGUCAGCAAUCAUAUGAUCCCCCUGUGAAGUUGUGUAUCCCUUGCUUUUGAAUAGAUUUCACCUGUAUCUCUAAGACAAAAAUAGACUUACUCAUAAGUGGGAAAAAUUAUGCUUGGAAAAAUGUUUGCAAUGGCUGAGUGUUUGGGUUUCCUGUAUUUGUGAGAUGAUCAUUAACUGCUUUGAGUAAAGCAGGCAGUUAUUAACGAAAGAUAGUGCUGCUGCUGAUUAUAGGGAAAAAAGGAAUCAGCACAUCUGAGGCAACUUAUGUGGCAACAGCCCCUAUUAAAGAAUAAUAUCCUGACUGACUGUGGAGAAGAAAAAAAUCUUGUAAAAAGAAAAUAGUAAGUUGUAGCCCUCCAUAAAAACAGAAUAAUUUCUGAGAUGGUAGGAUGCAUAAGAUGUGGGCUGGAGGAAAGGAGGAAGGGGAACAGACAGUAAGGGCACACAGUUGUAUGCAACACAAUGCAUGGUUGCUUUUAGAGAUUCUUGGAAAGGAGGGCUCUUCUGAGAAUGCUAAUCUCUAUAAUUUGGGGCAGAGAGAAAGGGUAGGAGAGAAAGCAUGUCGUAAUAUAUUUCAGAUGCUAUUAUUUUAGGAAAGGACCAUUGUACAGAGCAGGUAUGCUAAAGCUCAUCAAACUCACUAGUGCAUCUGCUGUGUGUGUCUGUAUGUGUAAGGCUGAAGAGGCAAAAUGUCCUCAGGUCAUUGCUGUUGUUUAAAUCUAUUAUUUAUCAUCAAGGUCACACCAAGGGAGAAUACACCUCCACUUUAGAUUUGGUGACAUCUGUUUUCCGUGCCAGGUCAGGGGAAUUGUCAGAAUGGAAUGCAAGCCUUAGGUAAUGAGUCUUACAGUAGUAGGGAAAAGUCAGACAGUGAAUCACUUUUGAAUCUCUUGUACGUGAAAUAUUUUCAUGAGGAUGUAUGCAACAAACAUUGCAGUAACACACAUGGAUGUCCCUUUACUGCUUUAAGCAAACGUUUUGCUUUCAGUGGCUAUGAUGAGCUCAGUGUAGUAUCUAACCUUACUAAAAGCUGAGAUGCUUUCUGAUUAAUGUAUUUAGCCCGACAUCAUUUGCAAAUAACUUGAAAGUGUAUGUGGUCUUGAGACAAAGAAAUGAUGCAGCUAUCACCACUAUCAUCUUAUUUUUGCAAGGAAGAAGAAUACUAUAGAUGAGAUUUUAAAACAUGACACAUUAAUACAUCUCAGGCAUCGGUGCCCUAGACAUAAGGUCAUCAAUUCUCUCUGUUGGUUGCAUCAUGAAUGGAAAUCAGUCUGGUCAUGUUCUUGUGUUUAAAAUAAGCAAAUGUCUUAUAUUCAACAGUUGCACAGCAUGUCAGCAGAAGUAGUAGUAUGCAAUGUAUUUAAAGCAAACGUGAAUGCUUUUUUUUUUAAGUGAUACAAAGGUGAGAAAGAGCACAACAAAAAGCAUGAUGUACAACAUCCUGGCUGUUUACCCUAACUAACAUAUUCCAAGUAGCUUAUUUUUUAAGGAAAACUAAACAAAACAACUUCUCAUUUUGAAAAGAAGCUCUUUCCUGUUUCUUCUGGUACAUUUAUGAAACAAAAUGUGGAGUUCCUUGUUUUGUAAAGGAAAAAAAAGCUACACCCCCCCACCCCCCAGUCAUUUGCCUGUGGAGACUGAAAAGUGUAACUACUGAGCUACAGUUUCUAGAUUUGCUUACUUUAUACCAGGGGUCGGGGGGGGGGGGGGGGGGGGGGGCAGGCAGGGAGUGGCUCAGGGAGGAAGAACGGUAAAAAUAAAAAGUCUGAAAAACCUUUGGAAAAGACAAUAGCCAAAGAUUCAAAUAUGGAGGUAGAAGCAAGUUUUAAUUCUACCGUUGUCAGAAAAAACUGCAGAAAGACUUGUCAGGUUGCAAUUCAUCCUAGUCUUGUCAAUCACUACUGUUGCCAGGCAUAAAAAUGAAGCACAUAUGAGAAAUUUUUACAUAGAAGGUGUAGAAUAUUGUCACUAACCCACUCCCACACACCCAUUUUAUUUCACACUGACAAAAGCUAAGAUGAAUGAGUUGUUGUCUGGCCCUUCCCACUUUGUAUAGUCAUUGGCUGGCUUGGUUCUAAAAAGGAUUUAAAAAAGGGGAAUAAUGUGCCUUUGCCUGGGAUCUGAGACUGUCAGGGUGCUGAAAAGCUAAUCUGUGAGCUGCCACCAUGCAGAUCGCUUGGGCUGUGUGCUCUGUCUGUGUCUUAAUACAAAUUGCAUUUCGAUCUGUGGAAGGGUGGCAAAUGUUUAAAAAUGAUGCCACAGAAAUCAUUCCUGAGAUCACUGAAAAUACAGAAACACCGAUGGAGCAGACUUUCAGCAACAACAACACAAUGAACCAGGCAAAGCAUGGAGGAAGACACAUACAACAAGCUCCAGACCCUAACGAUGCUUCUGGCUUUAGCUGCAGAGAAAUGCGAACCACCCGCUAUGUCACAGAGGGGCCUUGCCGCAGCAUCAAGCCUGUCAAGGAACUGGUCUGCUCUGGUCAGUGUGUCCCCUCGCAUCUCCUUCCCAACUCUAUUGGCAGAGGGAAGUGGUGGCGUCAGAAUGCCCUGGAUUAUCGCUGCAUUCCUGCUCAUACUCGCACGCAGCGCAUCCAGAUGGCUUGUCCCGAGGAAGAGACUCGGACUUACAAAUUCCGAGCUGUCACAUCCUGCAAAUGCAAGCGCUACACUCGCUACCACAACCAGUCUGAGCUGAAGGACUUUGGAAAGGAAACUGUCAGGCCUCAGAAGAACAAGAAGCCCCGUCUCUCCAGAGCCAGGAGCAGCAAAUCUAACCAGCAUGAGUUAGAAAAUGCUUAUUAGAAGGUGGCUCUGAGUGAUACAGUCUAGCAGCUCUGGAUAUUUUACAAAACAUCAAAUGGCACUCACAGGCCACAGCAUGACGUUCUGACUGCAGUAGGUUCCAAUUCCUUCUGCUAAGCUGGGUCAAAGGCUCACAUAGUCAAAAAUCUAUCAGAUUAUAGCAGUUAUGGUCUGAUAAGAGAAUGAGAUAAACCAAGCUGGAGGUAGCAACACCUAAAUUCAGUCUGAGAGGAGAGGUACACCUUGGAGAUUCAUGUGAAGUCAUGUGGCUUGUACAAGUAGAAAGGCAGAAGAAAGUGAAGCUGUUAUGGUGACAAUCACACUUUGUUAGAAGUCAUUCUAACUCACUUUAUGUGAAAAGAACACCGAGAUCCUUUUCCCAAUUUUGUAAGUGCCAUGAUGCAGGACAAGCAUGCAAUUAGGGAAGUACCUGGAGAGUUACCACUCUCUGAAUGACUUGUAGAAAGUUAGUGAUAGCAGGGAUUUCAACAGUUAUGGUGACUGAAGUCAAAUUGUUUGGAAAUUAACAUCCUGUCAGAUGUCCUCAUGCCCCAGUUGUUUCCUCUAAAACACAAAACAUGAUAUUUAUGUUCUCGAAACAAAAGUGAAAGUGUGAUAAAUCUAUUUUGUACUUUUAAUUAAAAGACAGUAGGAUCAACAGAUUCAAAACUGAGAUUUGAAAACUAAAACCGUAUUUGGUUUAGGGACAAUGAUUUUUUGGGGGAACAGUUAAAAAAAUUCUAAGUGGAGCAGAUUUAUGAAAUGGAUGCUCCUCUCAAACCAGAUAACCUCACUGAUGUUUGUCCUGCAAACAGCUAAUGAUGUGCAUAAUUUAACAUAAAAGGUACUGAUUAUGCCUUAUUUCCUAGAACACAAUUGACUUUAGUAUCAGCUUAGAUAUCUCAACGUACAUUUUCUAUUCUGUAGAGUUUGGAUUAUCUGGCCACACACUUCGUAGCGCUGACUGUGCAAGCCAAGUUCUGGGAGUAAGGUGAUGGUUCUGCAUUAAAAGUGAGCCUCUGCUAAUUUUAAAGUCAUGAUUUCCUCUAGAAAAGUCUUUGGUAUGUGCAACUUUGGUAAGUCUUUAGUUUGACAGCAACUUUCCUUUACUUAGCUUCUCAACAUUCAGACUAAUGUUUGUGUUUUUACAUUAAAGAAUAUUGUUAGAAAGUGAAUCGUCACAUGCUGUAUAUAUCCUGUAGAAGUGCUAAGCCUAGUAUCAGAUGAACACAGUUUGGGAUGAAAACAGUUCCUCACUGUUCUUAUUUUCUAUGUAGAGUUUAUGCUGAAAUCAUAUAAACCAUGGAAAUUUGUGAUGUUGAUAGAUUUUGCAAUUAUUUUAUGCGGGACCAGAACCUAGAGAGAAAAGGUAUUGUUUCAGAGAGCGAAUUACGUAUUUAUUUUUUUCUCAGAAAUUAUUUAUGCAAUGUUUUUCCUUGUAGAGAAUGGAAAGUAAUACUGCUUUAAAAAUAUUAGUCUGUUAUUUUUUAUUUUAAAUACAUUGUUAAUAAAGUAGAAACAAUGAUUAAUUA